AUGGUCUUUCUACCUCCCCCCUCAGUCCCAAAGCUCCCCUUUGAUCCUCCCGACUCAAUCACCAUCCCCGAGUUUGUCUUCUCCGACAAGUACGGCCGGAAGCCCUUGUCACGGUCUAGAAGGCCCUACACCUGCGGCAUCACUGGAAAGUCGUACACCACCUCCGAGGUCGAGGAGCGCGAGAAGCUGCUCGCCCGCGCGCUUGCGAAGCGCCUCGGCUAUGACUUGACCGACGGCACAGAGUGGGACAGGGUUCUUGCGCUGUACUCCCUAAACACGAUUGACUACAUUCCCUUGACCCACGCCGUCCACCGUCUCUCCGGCAUUGUCACCCCCGCCAGUGCCGCAUACUCUGCCCAGGAGCUCCAGCACCAGCUCGUCUCGUCCGGCGCAAAUGCCCUCUUCACCUGCGUCCCUCUUCUAGACAAUGCCCUUGUCGCGGCCAAGGGCGCCGGUAUCCCCGAGGAUCGCGUCUUUCUCCUCCCAGUUCCUGGCUUUGAGGCCAAGGCUCCGUUCAAGACUGUCGACGACCUGAUCGCUGAAGGCAAGGAUGCUCCUGAACUCAAGCCUCUGAACUGGGUCAAGGGUCAGGGUGCGCGACAGGUUGCCUACCUGUGCUAUUCCAGUGGAACUUCUGGUCUUCCCAAAGCUGUUCAAAUCAGCCACCGUAAUGUAAUCGCAAACAUCCUGCAGAUGACCAUCCAAGACGGCGUUGGUCGCAAAGCCGCCGGCGUCGACACUCAGGUCCAGCUCGGUCUAUUGCCCCUCAGCCACAUUUACGGACUCGUGCCCGUUGCCCAUUAUGGCUUGUAUAACGGCGAUGAGACCGUCAUUCUCCCACGCUUUGAACUCAAGAUGCUGCUGUCCGCUAUCCAACGGUUCAAGAUUGAGCAGAUGGCCCUCGUGCCCCCGAUCAUGAUCCACAUGUUGAGUAGCCAAGCUGAGUGCGCCAAGUACGACAUCAGCAGCGUGCGCUUCAUCUUCAGCGGCGCUGCUCCCCUUGGAAAGGAGACCAUGGAAGACCUUCUGAAGGUGUGGCCUAAGUGGAACAUUUGCCAGGGCUAUGGCCUCACCGAGACGUCCCCUGUCGUCACAUCCACCAGCGAGCUGGACAUCGACGCUGGUACCUCGGGUACUCUCCUCCCUGGCCUCAAGGCCAAGCUCGUCGACACCGACGGGAGUGAAAUCACCGAGUACAACAAGCCCGGUGAACUCCUCGUCCAGGGCCCGACAAUCGUCCUGGGCUAUCUCAACAACGCCAAGGCGACUGCCGAGACCUUUGUGCACCACGAAGAUGGCCGCUGGAUGCGCACCGGCGACGAGGUUCUCGUCCGCAAGUCACCCAAGGGCAACGAGCACUUUGUCGUUGUGGACCGUAUCAAGGAACUCAUCAAAGUCAAGGGCCACCAGGUUGCUCCUGCGGAGCUCGAGGCUCACCUUCUUAGCCACCCACUCGUCUCGGAUUGUGCGGUCAUCCAGGUUCCCGAUCUGCGAGCCGGCGAGGUGCCCAAGGCGUUUGUCGUCAAGGCUCCCGAAGCCAAGGGCAAGUCUGACGACGAGGUGAAGCAGAGCAUCAACAAGUUCGUCGAGGAACACAAGGCAAAGCACAAGUGGUUGAAGGGAGGCAUCGAGUUUAUCGAUGUUGUGCCCAAGAGCCCCAGUGGCAAGAUCUUGAGACGGUUGUUGCGAGACCGAGAGAAGCAGGCUCGCAAGGAGAAGGGAGCCAAGCUAUAG